AUGUCAGACGAGGAGGAUACGGCUGACCCCACUCGCAAGGCCUCGAGGAGAGACAAAUUUAAGGAGCGACUUGCGCGCACAAAGACCAAGCUAAGCAAGAAGGAUAAGGAUGCUGGCACGACGGUGGAUGAUUUCCUGGCUACGGGGAGGACGUCAGUCUCGACCGGUCGACCGUCCGUCUCGGAUAGUCUGUCGUUGACUUCGGAUCGGCCACCGACGAAUCAGUCGCACUAUCACGAUGCGCCGGAGAACCAACACUCUACAGACUUCAUCCCUCCGCCACAGCAGUCUCCCCGGCGCAUAGUCGUCCCCAAGAUCGAUGUCUCGACAUCGCAAAGAUAUCCUGGUGCGCAGCCACUCCAGGCAGAUACCGAACAGACCGAGUCCAGUCUCUUGAAGCCACAUUACCAGACGAGAAGUCAGUCGAGUAGUUCUCUUUCCAAAGGACGGGGACGAGCAAGAGGUCUCAGUGUACAGUUCGUGGAUCGGCCGCCAGUGGUCAUCGGGGAGGGCGGUGAUGAGGCAGAAGCACCACCAAUAGAGGUUGGAAAGGCAAAGGUCAGAGCCAGAUCAGCCUCGCCCUUCCGCAACAAUGGCCCACCACCAGCAGGCUCAAAGAUGUGGAACAAGUCACCCCUACAACAGAUCCCGAGACCUGGCCAAUGGGCGCAUACACAGCAGCCUUUACAGUUACCACCAAAUACGUCUUCACCGCCAGAAUCGACGCAACGUCCAGGUAUCCAUCGUGUGCCGACCGGCAUGAUCGGCAACUCGCCUUCACCCAUGCUCGAGGGCCGACAAGCCAUAGACAGAGAAUUUGAUAUGAGCCUCGGACUGAGCCCUGCUACGACUAUCAGUCCUUCGACUACAAACGCUUCACCCGUUGAGCCUCCGGUGCUCCAUGCGCCCACGCCCAUACGUCCCCCGGUCGCUGUGCCAAACGUACGGGAAGCGCCUAUCCUCCACGAGCUGAAGUCGCAGCAUGGGACCAAGAGUCUGCGCAACAAAUUUGACAAAGGCGAAGGUCACGUGCUUCGACAGACAAGCAGCGGCAGCGGCACGCAAGCAUCGCCAAAUAGUGGCGCUUCCGAGGAGAGCUUCGCACCACCACCGGGGCCUCCUCCCGCAAGACGACCACCACCAGACGAAGAGUUCGCUCCUCCAGUAGGUCCACCGCCUCCCAGAAGUCAUCCAACGACUGGCUAUCAACAGCCGCCACCACCACCCGAUCCAGGUCCUGGCUCGAACUACUAUUCUGGAAAGCUCCCAUCACAUCCUCCUCCACCACCUCCGCCGCAGGCACCGAACGGCAUGCAAAUAGUACAAAAGCCGCCACCACCUCGCGCGGCACCAGACGGCAAUUUCGCACCACCGCCGCAUCCACCACCUGCUCCCAGACAAGCGCCUGACGACGACUAUGUGGGCUGGGUGCCUGACAGCGCACAUCCAGACACACAUGCAUCGACGGCCGGGUCCGACUUUCCGGGAAUUGAUGGGUCCGGAAAGCUGGCCCCGCUUCCUCAUCUAGACGAGGAUGACGAUGCCAAACCCGAGAAGUCGAAAAGGAGGUGGUUCAAACGCGAAAGACGAGGGUCGUAA